AUUUUCUCUUGUUCGUUAAUUCUUCGUCUCUCUCUCUGUUUUUCUCUUGCGACAUGGCUGAGCCGGAACCACGAGAUGAUCCCGAAUAUAUGAAAAACUUCCACGGCUUUCUUUAUUAUGAUAUCACCAAUACUUGUUUUCUCGAAGAGGACAGAGAUUCGAAUCUUGAAGAAGAGUCGACUAAGAUAAAUCCGGAGCUUUGUGAUGAUGUUUUCGCUCGAAAACCACAAGUGAAAGACUCUGAUUCUUGUUCCGCCAUUAACGAAGCCACCAAGAAAACAUAUGCUUCUUCUUCAAGAAACCGUGACACUAGUGAAUCUGGCGAGAUAAGGAGGGUAGGUGAUAAAGAAGAUGAUCGCAAGGAAUCUGAUGAUGAAUGUGAUUUAUACAAGAGAUUUCAUGAUAUCGAGAGGUUUUAUGAUAGAUUUUUUGGGUUCUCAGACCAUAGAGAAGAAGCUGAAAGCAGAGAAAUACAGAGCCACGAAGAAACUUGUAGUCUUAUUACUCAGCCUUCACAUCAGAAUCCAAGGCUUAAUCUAAUUGCUACGAGUGAUCAAACGAUGAACCUGCGACAGCAACUCACAAGACCAAACCGUGGAUCAACAUCGUCUACAAGUGAGCGAAACAAAACCAGCCAACUCUCUCCAAAUGCAGCACCAUGGAGCCCUCAUGACACAAAUCAGAAUCGAAAUCGUUCUGAGUCUGAAAUGUCUCUAGUGAUGAUGCCUUCUAGAGAAAAUCUUGGAUUAGGUCAUCAGAAUCCAAGGGUUAGUCAGAUUAUUAGGAGUGGAUCAACAUCGUCUACAAGUGAUCAAAACAAUACAGACCAAGUUAUUGGUAUGCAGAGUCAACUUUCUCCCAAUGCAGCACCAUGGAGCCCUAAUAACAACACAUAUCAGCAGCUUCCAGUGGCUAACCAGAUGUGGCUGACCUGGAAUUCUGGAAUGCCGCAAGAGGACAGCCAAGAUCAUUUGCAGUCUCAAGGAUUUAACACUAUACCAUCUUCUGAACAAGGCAAAUAUCAGCAGCAGCCUAGACAAACUAAUGCAGAAGAGAAGAAUUGUGUGCAAGUCAAUAAUUUUGUUACAAUGAUGGACGUGAUCAUCGAUACUCUGAGUGGAUCAUCGUUCUCCAUUACUGUUGAUUUCUGGGAGACAGUGUUAUCGAUAAAAGAAAAGAUCGAGAAGUCUCAAGGUAUCCCUGUUUCGAAACAAACUCUUUACUUCCAAGGCAAGGUUCUUCAAGAUCAUGUUCAUAAGUUUGCUUGCACGAUCCUCUUCGACUCUCGUCUCCUUCUCUCCAUCUCUCCCGAGGAUAACCCUAAUCAGAACAACGAUCAAAUGCUUAUAGAUUCAGCGACAGGCAAAAAGAUCACGAAGGUGACGGCGAGGAGAAUCAAGAAUGAAUUUUCAUCACGACCGGCAUAUUCACUUGUUGAGUUACUUGCCCCUCAAGAUUCGGCAACUGUGAAGGUUGGUAAUCAAGUAGUUCAAACCACUGAGCAAUCUCCACCGUCAGACUCAGCCAAAGAGGUCCUUCCUGUGGAAAUGAAGAUCAACCCCAGCCCGAUGAAACUGACAGUAUAUGUGAAGCCAUAUGAAGAUGAUCCCAGGAUAAUUCAAGUAGAGGUUAACGCAGAUGAUAACGUUGAAGAACUGAGGAAAGAGCUGUUUAAGAGGCAAGAGAGGGGUGAGUUAGAUCUGCCUCAAGAAAGGUUUUACUUAGUAGAAAGUGCGAUACCAUUGAGCGAAUCUAAGUCAUUCGAGCGGAACCUUGUUGUUGACGGCGAUAGAAUUGAGAUUAUCAGCGAGCUAUCAUCAUCUUUUAUUUCCUUUUAGUCUUUCUUCGAGUUCUCUUGCUUUGUUCAAAGUUCAUAGCUUUCUGCGAAUAUGCUAUGACAUGUAAUUACCAAUAUUGUUGUUGUUUAAAGAAGAGAAACUAGUUCUUGUUUAGUUACAUCUUUGCGAAAUUAGCGAUAAAGAUUUACUUUUCAU